GGUCAAAGGGCAAAGGUCACAUCACUACCGAAGAUGGCGGCUUCCAUCGGAGCGGCGUCCUGCCGCGCCCUGUUCUGCCGCAGUUGGGGGAAGAGGCUGAGUGCGGCCGGGCGGCUCCUUGGUGGGGCGCGGGGUCUGGCCGCCCAGGGGGAGACGCACUUAGGGUUUCAGACCGUGCCUGAGGCGGAGAAAGAACAGAGAGUUUACCAGGUGUUUGAAAGUGUGGCCAAAAAAUAUGAUAUAAUGAAUGAUUCAAUGAGCUUUGGAAUUCACCGGCUAUGGAAGGAUAUCUUACUGCAUCAAAUGAACCCUUACCCAGGAACACAGCUGCUUGAUGUUGCUGGAGGGACAGGUGACAUCGCCUUUCGGUUUAUCAAUUAUAUUCGUUCCCAGCGGGAGUAUCAGCUCAGACAGAAGCUGAAAUCCCAUCAGAAUUUAUCAUGGCAAGAAAUCUCUAAGAGUUACCAGGAAGAGGCACUUAAACCUCUAGGAGGGUCCCAGGUGGUGAUCUGUGAUAUUAACAAGGAAAUGCUGAAGGUUGGAAAGCAGAAAGCACAACAUCUUGGCUAUACUGAAGGCUUGUCCUGGGUUGUUGGGAAUGCUGAGGAGCUCCCCUUCGACGAUGACAAGUUUGAUGUUUACACAAUUGCCUUUGGAAUCCGGAAUGUAACUCAUAUUGACCAGGCACUUCAGGAGGCCUACCGUGUGCUGCAACCAGGAGGGAGGUUCCUGUGUCUAGAGUUUAGUCAAGUCAACAACCCUCUUAUUUCUAGGCUCUAUGAUCUAUACAGCUUUCAGGUUAUCCCAGUUCUGGGUGAGAUUAUUGCUGGAGACUGGAAGUCUUACCAAUACCUCGUAGAGAGCAUCCGACAGUUUCCAGCUCAAGAGGAAUUCAAGGCAAUGAUUGAAGAUGCAGGUUUUUUGAAAGUAGAAUAUCGAAAUCUAACUGCUGGCAUUGUUGCCAUUCACUCGGGUUUCAAACUGUGAUAUUUACUUUGCAACGUACUUUGAACAGUUACUGAUAGUUUUCUGUGAAGAACCUGAAAGCUGUGGGACAACUUUACCAUCAAGAUUGCAGAAUAGACUGAUGGAAGAAUUUGAGCCAUCUCCAGAAUCUAAACACCAGAUAAACUAAAAAAUAGCAGUCUUGAAUCAAUUUGGGACCUGGUUUCUUUCUGCCUGUUGAGCAUGGAGCAGUUAAGUAACUCUGGAUCAGAAGACUCCUGAAUGCGUGGUAUCUGAGCAUAUUCCAUCAUUUUUCCCCAGAGACCUCAAAGAUUAAGCUAUCCUUGUAGCCACUUUUUUGGUACUUAAACAUAGUGUGAGGACAUAACAAAAUUCAGUUAAGGUUUCAAGUCUGACAUGUUUCAAACAGUUCAAUUACUAAAAGUUUAUUUAAAAUUGGAUAUGGACUUUAACCUUCAGCUGAGGUUCUUCUCUACAGAUCUUAGCACAGGUGUGAAAGCUACUGUCAUGUCAUCUGAAAUGAUAGCAGCAUGUGUGAAAAAUGUUGGUUUCUUUUUUUUUAUGUAUUGAAGAGUAAACUUCAUUUUUUAUCAGA